UUAUUUUGAUUUUGCAUAUGACAAUUUCCUCCCAUUCCUGACACUUUUUUUUAAUUGUUUUGUUUCCAAUUGUUUCUUGUUUUAAUUAAUAAACGUAUUAAAGAUGGUUAGUGGACCCGCUGUGGAUAAUCAAGGUAAAAAUAUAGUUAUUUGUGAUAAUGGGACAGGAUUCAUCAAGUGUGGAUACGCUGGUACAAAUUUUCCUGCUUAUACAUUUCCAUGUAUAGUUGGCCGGCCCAUCAUCAGGGCAGCUCAACGAUUCGCUGAUGUCGAUAUUUCUGAUCUUAUGGUUGGUGAUGAAGCCAGUAAACUGAGAUCCGUAUUGGAAAUAUCAUAUCCCAUGGAAAAUGGUAUUGUUCGCAAUUGGAAUGACAUGUGUAAUGUUUGGGAUUACACUUUUAACAAUAAAAUGGGAAUCAAUCCGAAAGAGUGUAAAAUACUCUUAACGGAACCUCCAAUGAAUCCAUCAGAUAAUCGUAAAAAAAUGUUCGAAGUGAUGUUUGAAAAUUAUGAAUUCCAUGCUGUUUAUAUCGCCAUUCAAGCUGUUCUCACCCUUUAUGCCAAUGGCCUUUGCACUGGUGUUGUUUUAGACAGUGGUGAUGGGGUUACCCAUAUAUGUCCAGUCUAUCAAGGAUACGCCCUUCCUCAUCUGACUAAGCGAUUGGAUAUCGCCGGUCGCAAUAUCACUAAUUACCUUAGUGAGCUUCUAUUACUGCGAGGAUACGCCUUUAAUCACACUGCUGAUUUCGAAACAGUGAGAAUUUUGAAAGAGAAACUGUGUUAUGCCGCAUAUAAUAUUGAACAAGAGCAGAAAUUAGCCAAUGAAACAACCUACCUCACUGAGAACUACACGCUUCCUGAUGGUAGAGUUAUUACAAUAGGAGGUGAACGAUUUGAAGCACCAGAGGCUCUUUUUCAACCUCAUUUGGUUAACGUUGAAAGUCAAGGAAUCGCUGAAUUAGUUUUCACAACCAUUCAAAAUGCACCGAUGGACAUUCGAAGUGAACUUUAUAAACACAUUGUUCUAAGUGGAGGUUCUACUAUGUAUCCUGGUCUACCUUCUCGUCUUGAAAGAGAAAUUAAACAACUAUAUUUGGAAAGAAUAUUGAAAGGUGAUGCCGGAAAUCUUUCUAAAUUCAAAAUUAGAGUUGAAGAUCUACCUGGUAGGAAAGAUAUGGUUUUCAUUGGUGGAUCUAUUCUGGCGAGUACUGUUAAGGAUCGAGACAACUUUUGGUUAUCCCGAGCCGAAUGGGCAGAGUAUGGACCGGACAGAGCAAUGGCCCUUGUGAAAAGCAAUUCCGCAAUUUAGAUAUUUAAUUGAUGUUUUUCUCAAUUUUAUCACAAAUAAUUACCUUGAAAUCGUUUCCUCUCUCUCUCUCUCUCUAUUUCUCUCUGUCUCUCUUUCUCUCUCGCUUUCUCCCGGUGAAUAAAAUCCUCCAUUUUUCAUCAACCGUUAGUUAAUCAACGAUGAUUAUGAUUAUAUUAAUAUAAACUAUUUGCAUAAAAA